CUGGCGCACAUGCGCAUUCACACUCUCCGUCUCCGGGCGCGCAGGCGCAGUAGGCGGCGGCGGCUCUGUGAGGAGGAGAGAGGCGCGGGCAGGCCCUGGAUUCUCUCGCGAGGAAGGACGCCAUUAUCGCCCACAAAACACCACGAGAACUCGCCCCCGAACGUGAAGCCACACCUCCUGUCUUAAUCCUGGCAUAUCUUACACUGGGUUGUGGAAGUGGAGAGAGUCGCAGCUCCCGAGCCAGGUUUAGAUUAACAAUUGAAUUGCCCCAAAGUGCCUAGUACACAAAUAGGGACCACCCAGGACAUUGACUUGUUCUUGAAUACACGGAUAUCAAUGAUGUCGGGACAGGAGCUGGCGGAAGUGGUACAGAUAGCGGUGGAAGAUCUGCAUCCCGAUCAUCACCCAGUUAUCCUAGAGAACCAUGAAAUGACGGAGGAAGACAUGGCCCCUUCACUGAAGCGACAGCGGAUCGAAAUCAACUGUCAGGACCCAUCCAUUAAGUCAUUCCUGUUCUCGAUCAACCAGACGAUAUGCCUGCGGCUGGACAGCAUCGAGUCUAAGCUGCAGGUUCUAGAGGCAACUUGUAAGUCCCUUGAAGAGAAACUGGACCUCAUCAUGAAUAAGCAGCCAAAUCCAAUCCAAGUUCCCAUGGUGGCCGGUUCUCCGCUCGGGGCCACUCAGACGUGGAACAAAGUGCGAUGUGUUGUUCCUCAGACAACCGUGAUCCUGAAUAAUGAGAGACAGAACUCUGUGGUGGCCAAGCUGGAAGGUCAUGAAGAGUCAAUGAACAGGACAACCGAAAGUCUGGAAAAUAUGCUCAAUAGUGCUGUCACUGGACGGAGGCACAACACCAUUGUGGUCAAGGUCCCAGGCCCAGAUGACAGUCACAAUGACGAUGACAAUGACAGUGGUUCUGAAGCAAGUGACACGUUGUCUAACAGUGGUCACUCGGGAAACUCCAGCAUGGGGAACAAUGUGACGCUCAUCACACUUAACUCUGAAGAGGAUUACCCGAGUGGCACCUGGCUGGGGGACGAGAGCAAUGCGGAGAUGAGAGUGAGAUGUCCCAUCACAGCGGCCGACAUGCUGCAUAUCAGCACUAACUGUCGCACAGCGGAGAAGAUGGCCCUGACGCUGCUGGAUUACCUUUUCCACCGGGAGAUACAGGCCGUCUCCAACCUGUCGGGCCAGGGGAAGCAUGGGAAAAAGCAGCUUGAUCCCCUGAUGAUAUACGGUAUACGGUGUCACCUCUUCCACAAAUUCCGGAUCACAGAAUCGGACUGGUAUAGAAUCAAGCAGAGCAUUGACUCAAAGUGCCGCACCGCCUGGCGCAGAAAACAGCGAGGGCAGAGUCUGGCAGUGAAGAGCUUCUCACGAAGAACACCCUCAAACUCCUCCUACAGUACCACAGAUGGCGUACAGAAUACAGUGUCGUCCUCCAGUGACCUGCAACAGACUCCGCCUCAGGCGCUGCAUUACGCGCUAGCCAAUGCUCAGCAGGUGCAGAUCCAUCAGAUCGGAGAAGACGGACAGGUCCAAGUGGGACAUCUACACAUCGCCCAGGUGCCACAGGGAGAGCAGGUUCAGAUCACGCAGGACAGCGAGGGUAAUCUGCAGAUUCAUCAAGUCCACGUGGGUCAGGACGGACAGGUACUUCAAGGAGCCCAACUCAUUGCUGUCGCCUCUGCUGACCCUACGUCUGGUGUGGUGGAUGGUUCUCCUCUUCAAGCCAAUGACAUCCAGGUACAAUAUGUCCAACUUGCACCAGUUUCCGAGCCAUCUGCAACAGCGCAGGCCGUGGAACCUCUGCAGUCUGCUCUGCAACCAGAAAUGCACAUCGAACACGGAGCAAUUCAGAUCCAAUAGCGCGGGCAAGAAACCAUCUAGAAACGUGCCAGCAGCACGGCUGGGACACAUCUGCUAAGUAUACAAACACGUUAGUGGAGGCGCCUUGCCAUCCACCGGUCACACCUCUGGCGUUGGACAUUGGUCAACUCACCGGACCAGACUACAAUGGACGGGACUAGCGGUGUGGAUUGGAGGCAGAAUCCAUUACAUUUAACUGUUUGUACUCUCUGAUGCGCUAUUUUUUUAUCCUGUAUGAUUUGUAUCUAAAAAGAACAAUUAUAUCUUUAAUAGCAGGUGUGUAUUUUUUUUGUUAAUAUAGAUUGGUUUUCAUUUUGUGUUGUCCCAAAUUUGCUGUACAUGAACUCACUAUAGAACAAUAGCAUUAACUGUUACUGCCUGACUAUGGCAGAAAGUCCACGUCCUAAUCUAAGGCACAGUGUUCAUACAGGUCUGCCUCCACUGGAUGUGCUGUGUGGGUACAAUGUAACCUAAGUGAGAAUCCUGAAACAUUCCCAAACCUAUCUGUAAAAGUUUACACACCCUGAAUGAAUCGGAACUGAAGAACUGGUUUAGUGCAAGUCAGGAUGGCUCGUAUGACCACCACUGGUAUCCCCUGCAUAGACAGAUGGUAACUUCAGUUAUGACAAGUUCCUCACUUUGAUUUGGCAGACCUGAAAGUCACUUACAGCUGAUUCACAUUUAGUUAAGUUGUAAAAACGUCCCAUUCAACCGUGCAAUAUAUACAGUACCAGUUUCCAUCUUCCAGAGAAGUCUGCAUUUGUUUAGAACAUGCAUUUAGGGUCUCUUCCCAAUUAUCUGCUGAAACCAGUGUUAUUUCCAUAUGCACCAGUCAUGGAAUAACAGUCUCUGUCAGAAGAACAAGACCACUUUGCAAUGAAAAUACUGUGAAAAUGGCAAAUUUGGAACCAGAUAAUUACAACAAAUGCAAGUUUCAGACAAUGUAAUUUAAUGGAAUGCUCUGUAAUGUGUUUAUUAUAUGAAUUUGCUAAUGAUGACCCUUUUAGCAGAAUAUACACUGUCUCUGUUUAACUUCUCUGAUCUAUGACACAUUGUUAACAACUUUGAUUGGACAUUUCUGAGCAGCCUCAAUAAAUAUGUAUUUAUCAGCA